AUGGUGCCUGCCAGGGCACUGGGGCUGCUCCUCUGCGUGCAGCUCUGCGGGGGCAGCGGGGAGCUGCGGCUGGUGGAUGGCGGCGGGCGCUGCGCCGGCCGGGUGGAGGUGAAGCACGAGGGCGAGUGGGGCUCCGUCUGCAGCUACGACUUCGACUGGGACCACCGGGGCGCUGGCGUGGUGUGCCGGCAGCUGGGCUGCGGUGCGGUGGCCCGGGCAUCCCCGUACGCCCCGUUUGGGCAGGGCAAGGGACGCAUCUGGCUGCACCCUAUCUUCUGCCUUGGGACAGAAGCCACCUUGGAAGAAUGCCCGAACUUCGGCUGGGGCCAGCACUUCUGUGGCCACGAGUGGGACGUGGGGGUGACCUGCACAGAGGCUGUGGAGCUGCGGCUGGCGGCUGGCAGGGGACCCUGUGAGGGGAGAGUGGAGGUGAAGCUGCGGGGACGCUGGGGCACGGUGGCAGAUGAUGCCUGGGACAUGGAGGACGCCGAGGUGGUUUGCCAGCAGAUGGGCUGCGGCUCGGCUCUUGGUGCCUACCACAGCUCCCUCUUUGGCCAAGCAGAAGGUUCUGUCAGCUUGGCGGUUGUUGACUGCCAUGGGGCUGAGAAGGCCCUCUGGGACUGCAAGAUUCAAGGCUGGGGACCCUACAAUGCCCCUCAUGACUAUGACACUGCCGUAGUCUGCCAAGGGUUCUCCCGUCUGGCUGGAGGGGACGGCGCCUGCUCGGGGCGGCUGGAGGUGCGGCAGGGCCGGGCCUGGGCCACCGUCUGCCACGGCCACGUGGACCUCAAGGCCGCCCAGGUGGUCUGCAGGGAGCUGGGCUGCGGCACGGCAGUGGCCGUCCCCGGUGCCGGCCAUUUUGGGGCAGCAACGGGGCCGCUCUGGGACGGCGCCUUUGAGUGCAACGGCAGCGAGCCACUCCUCGCCAACUGCGCCCGGAGGCCAGCCCACGGCCAGUCCUGUGCUGGCCCCGCUUCUAUCGUCUGCUCACCCUACACCGGUUUCCGUUUGGCGGAUGGCGGCUCGGGCUGCGUCGGGCGGGUGGAGGUGGAGGCGCAGGGGACAUGGGGACCCCUGUGUGCCACCGCCUGGACCCUGCCUGAUGCCCACGUCCUGUGCCGCCACCUGGGCUGCGGCCCCGCUGCCUCCCUGCCCCGAGGCCAUUUCGGGACGGGCACGGCGACGGGGCCGCUGCGGCGCGAUGCCCUGAGCUGCAGCGGGAGCGAGCGGCACCUGGGCGAGUGCCCCGUGGUGGUGCUGGGGGAGCCCGCCUGCCCCCCUGGCCAUGCCGCCGCCGUCAACUGCUCAGGCGCCGCUGAGCCCCUGCGGCUGCUGGACGGGGAGAGCCGGUGCGACGGGCGGCUGGAGGUGGCCACAAGCCCCGGGGACUGGGCCCGUGUGACUGCGGGGCUGUGGGACGACCGAGCUGCCUCCGUGGCUUGCCGGCAGCUGGGCUGCGGUGUGCCAGAGAAGGUCUACGCUGUGCCGGCCGCCAGCUUGGGCCCUGUGGAGCUGCAGGAGCUGCGGUGUGCUGGCACCGAGGAGCGCCUGGCGCAGUGCAACGCCUCGGGGCCUGCCGCAGCGCCCAGCCACAGCCCCACAGAGGCGGCCGUUGCCUGCUCAGGCAGCCGGCGGCUGAGGCUGGCGGGCGGCCCCGGGCGCUGCGCCGGCAGGGUGGAGGUGUACACCGAGGGCACCUGGGGCACCGUCUGCCAGGACGCCUGGGGCCUGCCAGAUGCCGACGUCGUGUGCCGCCAGCUGGGGUGCGGACGGGCCCUGGAGGCGCCCGGCUCUGAGCGCUUCGGGCCCGGCGUGGGGACGCUGUGGCCGGGUGCCGGGGGCUGCUCGGGGACGGAGGCGGCUCUCUGGGACUGCCCAGCCCCAGAACGGCGUGGCUGCCGCCGGGGCGGUGGUGCCGGUGCCGUGUGCUCAGGGCUGCUGCGUCUGAUGGGGGGCAGCAGCAGCUGCAGCGGGCACCUGGAGGUGCUGCGCGAGGGGACGUGGGGCCGCGUGUGCGCCAACGACACCAGCCCCGCCACAGCUGCCGUUGUCUGCCGCCAGCUGGGCUGUGGCACCGGGGGGAGGCUGGAGGCCGUCCCCACACAGGGCUCUGUCCCCGCCUGGCUGGGCUGGGUGCAGUGCCAGGAGGGGGCCCCCUCGCUCUGGCGCUGCCCCUCGGCGCCCUGGCACCUGCAGUCCUGCGGCCCUGCUGGGGUCACCCACAUCGCCUGUGACGAGGACACCGAGGGCACGAGCGGGGCCACCACAACUGCAGGUAGUGUCACCAGCAGCGUUGCCCCACUGACAGCAGUGUCGGGGAGCGUGCCGGUGCCCACGGUCCUGUGCGUGCUCCUGGGGACGUUGCUGGGCCUGGCCCUGGCAGCCCUGGCUGUGCAGGCACACCGCGCACGGGUGCAACGCCGAGACCCCGUCAAAGCCACGGACGCCGGCUCUGAGGCCGUGUAUGAGGAGCUGGAUUACAGCCUGAUGCCCGAGUACCAGGAGGUGGCCAGCCACACAGGCUCCCUAUCCAAGGGCUCAGGCAUGAAGCUGCAAGAUGAGAACUGGGAUAGUAACAAAGAGGAGAGCAACCCCGGGGAGGCCCCAGGUAGGGGAAGGGGUAUUCAACAGGGACUGGAAGGCACAGGGGACCUAAGGAGAAGGGUCAUGGCUGAGAAGUGCCCCGGUCCCUCCAUGCCUGGUGCAGCCCUCCAGGCCCAGCCCAGGCACGGCCUCCUGGAUGGCUACGACGAUGCUGCGGCUGUGCCGGAGGAGCCCCCUGCUCCCCACGGCGGGGACGCCCCGGCGCAGUCCCACGGGGACAAUGGCUAUGACGACAUUGACAUCAGCACUCUGGAGACAGCGCCGAUGGUGCCUGCCAGGGCACUGGGGCUGCUCCUCUGCGUGCAGCUCUGCGGGGGCAGCGGGGAGCUGCGGCUGGUGGAUGGCGGCGGGCGCUGCGCCGGCCGGGUGGAGGUGAAGCACGAGGGCGAGUGGGGCUCCGUCUGCAGCUACGACUUCGACUGGGACCACCGGGGCGCUGGCGUGGUGUGCCGGCAGCUGGGCUGCGGUGCGGUGGCCCGGGCAUCCCCGUACGCCCCGUUUGGGCAGGGCAAGGGACGCAUCUGGCUGCACCCUAUCUUCUGCCUUGGGACAGAAGCCACCUUGGAAGAAUGCCCGAACUUCGGCUGGGGCCAGCACUUCUGUGGCCACGAGUGGGACGUGGGGGUGACCUGCACAGAGGCUGUGGAGCUGCGGCUGGCGGCUGGCAGGGGACCCUGUGAGGGGAGAGUGGAGGUGAAGCUGCGGGGGCGCUGGGGCACGGUGGCGGAUAAUGCCUGGGACAUGGAGGACGCCGAGGUGGUGUGCCAGCAGAUGGGCUGCGGCUCGGCUCUUGGUGCCUACCACAGCUCCCUCUUUGGCCAAGCAGAAGGUUCUAUCAGCUUGGCGGUUGUUGACUGCCAUGGGGCUGAGAAGGCCCUCUGGGACUGCAAGAUUCAAGGCUGGGGACCCUACAAUGCCCCUCAUGACUAUGACACUGCUGUAGUCUGCCAAGGGUUCUCCCGUCUGGCUGGAGGGGACGGCGCCUGCUCGGGGCGGCUGGAGGUGCGGCAGGGCCGGGCCUGGGCCACCGUCUGCCACGGCCACGUGGACCUCAAGGCCGCCCAGGUGGUCUGCAGGGAGCUGGGCUGCGGCACGGCAGUGGCCGUCCCCGGUGCCGGCCAUUUUGGGGCAGCAACGGGGCCGCUCUGGGACGGCGCCUUUGAGUGCAACGGCAGCGAGCCACUCCUCGCCAACUGCGCCCGGAGGCCAGCCCACGGCCAGUCCUGUGCUGGCCCCGCUUCUAUCGUCUGCUCACCCUACACCGGUUUCCGUUUGGCGGAUGGCGGCUCGGGCUGCGUCGGGCGGGUGGAGGUGGAGGCGCAGGGGACAUGGGGACCCCUGUGUGCCACCGCCUGGACCCUGCCUGAUGCCCACGUCCUGUGCCGCCACCUGGGCUGCGGCCCCGCUGCCUCCCUGCCCCCAGGAGGCCAUUUCGGGACGGGCACGGCGACGGGGCCGCUGCGGCGCGAUGCCCUGAGCUGCAGCGGGAGCGAGCGGCACCUGGGCGAGUGCCCCGUGGUGGUGCUGGGGGAGCCCGCCUGCCCCCCUGGCCAUGCCGCCGCCGUCAACUGCUCAGGCGCCGCUGAGCCCCUGCGGCUGCUGGACGGGGAGAGCCGGUGCGACGGGCGGCUGGAGGUGGCCACAAGCCCCGGGGACUGGGCCCGUGUGACUGCGGGGCUGUGGGACGACCGAGCUGCCUCCGUGGCUUGCCGGCAGCUGGGCUGCGGUGUGCCAGAGAAGGUCUACGCUGUGCCGGCCGCCAGCUUGGGCCCUGUGGAGCUGCAGGAGCUGCGGUGUGCUGGCACCGAGGAGCGCCUGGCGCAGUGCAACGCCUCGGGGCCUGCCGCAGCGCCCAGCCACAGCCCCACAGAGGCGGCCGUUGCCUGCUCAGGCAGCCGGCGGCUGAGGCUGGCGGGCGGCCCCGGGCGCUGCGCCGGCAGGGUGGAGGUGUACACCGAGGGCACCUGGGGCACCGUCUGCCAGGACGCCUGGGGCCUGCCAGAUGCCGACGUCGUGUGCCGCCAGCUGGGGUGCGGACGGGCCCUGGAGGCGCCCGGCUCUGAGCGCUUCGGGCCCGGCGUGGGGACGCUGUGGCCGGGUGCCGGGGGCUGCUCGGGGACGGAGGCGGCUCUCUGGGACUGCCCAGCCCCAGAACGGCGUGGCUGCCGCCGGGGCGGUGGUGCCGGUGCCGUGUGCUCAGGGCUGCUGCGUCUGAUGGGGGGCAGCAGCAGCUGCAGCGGGCACCUGGAGGUGCUGCGCGAGGGGACGUGGGGCCGCGUGUGCGCCAACGACACCAGCCCCGCCACAGCUGCCGUUGUCUGCCGCCAGCUGGGCUGUGGCACCGGGGGGAGGCUGGAGGCCGUCCCCACACAGGGCUCUGUCCCCGCCUGGCUGGGCUGGGUGCAGUGCCAGGAGGGGGCCCCCUCGCUCUGGCGCUGCCCCUCGGCGCCCUGGCACCUGCAGUCCUGCGGCCCUGCUGGGGUCACCCACAUCGCCUGUGACGAGGACACCGAGGGCACGAGCGGGGCCACCACAACUGCAGGUAGUGUCACCAGCAGCGUUGCCCCACUGACAGCAGUGUCGGGGAGCGUGCCGGUGCCCACGGUCCUGUGCGUGCUCCUGGGGACGUUGCUGGGCCUGGCCCUGGCAGCCCUGGCUGUGCAGGCACACCGCGCACGGGUGCAACGCCGAGACCCCGUCAAAGCCACGGACGCCGGCUCUGAGGCCGUGUAUGAGGAGCUGGAUUACAGCCUGAUGCCUGAGUACCAGGAGGUGGCCAGCCACACAGGCUCCCUAUCCAAGGGCUCAGGCAUGAAGCUGCAAGAUGAGAACUGGGAUAGUAACAAAGAGGAGAGCAACCCCGGGGAGGCCCCAGCCCUCCAGGCCCAGCCCAGGCACGGCCUCCUGGAUGGCUACGACGAUGCUGCGGCUGUGCCGGAGGAGCCCCCUGCUCCCCACGGCGGGGACGCCCCGGCGCAGUCCCACGGGGACAAUGGCUAUGACGACAUUGACAUCAGCACUCUGGAGACAGCGCCGUGA